AUGGUAAUGUCAGAAAGUGAAGCAGAGGUCAAAGAGAGCAGUUGGGAGGCAAACAGCCCACAGACCACUGUGGAGGUAGCAGAUGACACUUACAGUAGAGAGUUGAUUUCCCCAUCGUCUGAUGAGAGGACUGAAAAUUCUGCUAAGGAGACAAAGCCAAGUGAAAAUAACUCAAUUGAUGGGGACGAAUCGAGCAAUGUUCUUUACGUGAAGUUUCCUUCUUGUUCAACACAUUUGAAGAUAACGGGACGCAAAGCAAAAUUGGUAACAUUUAUUAUUUUCAACCAAGAUACUGAAUUAAUUGACAUUCUUAUGGAAGACACUGUCCAAAAAGAAAAAAUAAUUGCGAAGCUUCUCGAUGACCUGGACACCGAAUGCAAUACACUUUGCUCCAUGAGCGCUCCCUCGAUGUUGCGUAAGAAAGACGCUAAAAGUCUCAUGGAAUUUUCUUUCAAAGACUUGUUAGAAGAAGUUAAGGGAAAAUCAAAGCUCCUUCAUGACGUUGUUCUCACUGUUUGCUGCACAAAGAAAGCUAACGACCGCAAUACACAGAAGACCACUGACUAUAAAGUCGGUGCUAUGGGAAUGGCAGUAUCAAUUCUCCUAAAAUGUCGGAACAAAUUCAUGUCUGCUGCACAGAUUGUAACCUCCUUAUCGCUGGGAAGAGCACAUAUUUCAAAGAUGGGAAUGUCUCGAGCCAACCAGCAAGGGCUUGUUAUAUCACAUGAACAAUAUAUAAAAURUUUGGAGGAAAUGGCCAAGAACUAUGAUGAAGAUGUACUGGAAUGGCUGAAGAAACAACAAUCUAUUAAACUUGCAGGUGAUAACAUUGACAAAAGAAUCAAAGCCAGAGAUCAACGAAAAGACAAUGACAAUAGAGAAUAUCAUUGRUUUUUGGUAAUGGCAUUUCUAGAGAGAAUAGAUUUCAAACACUUGCCUAAUGAUCAUCAUAUCCAAAACCUGAAGGAAGUACCCCUCAGUGAUUUCUUGAUGGRCAAAGAUGAUUGUGACCAGCUAAUCUCUGAUUUAAGUGUCUUAGUCCUAAGGGUUAUUUGUGAACAUAUGCCUUUCUUUCAUCCUUUUAAAAAAUAUGUGCCCAAACAUAUUAUUCAUGAAUACACAGCAGAAAUGUCCAAAAAGUCAGAGUCAGUCAAUCUUGGACUUGUCUUUGAAAAUGAAAACAAAUCUGAAGGAAUGAUAAAAAUUUUGGAAUACUUACAUAAAUAUGUAAAUAUGGAAGGAGAAGAAACUGUAUUUGGAGGGGAUCUCCUUACCUGUGAAAGGGCCUUCAAUGUACAAAGAAUAAGAAGAACUGCAACAACCUCAUUGCUUCGUCUUGAUAGAAUCAUACCUACUGCUGAGAGCUGGCAUACAAAGAUGRCCUUAAUGAUGGUGAGACUGUUUGCUCAAUAA